AUGUCGUGGCGCAAUCAAAGUCAAGGUGUCACCGGCUCCAACAACAUCCCGCUAGGGCGUCGCCGUAUGGGCGGAGAGGAAGGAGAUGAGGAAAGUCGCACUGCGACCCCUUCAUCCGUGCCCUCGUCCAUGGGCCCCGACGGCCCCAAGCGUGGUCGCAGCCCUGUCCGAGCCGAACCAGUACUCGAAGCCGAUGGCUCCAAAAGGCGCAAGAAGCGCAACCGCUGGGGCGACCAGCAGGAGAACAAGGCUGCCGGCCUCAUGGGCUUGCCUACCAUGAUCAUGGCAAACUUCACUAGCGAGCAGCUUGAAGCUUACACACUUCACCUUCGUAUCGAGGAGAUCAGCCAGAAGCUUCGGAUUAACGAUGUGGUCCCAGGCGAUGGUGACAGAUCUCCCUCGCCGGCCCCUCAGUAUGACAACUUCGGUAGACGUGUCAACACUCGCGAAUACCGUUACCGCAAACGCCUCGAGGAAGAGCGUCAUAAACUGGUCGAGAAAGCCAUGAAGACCAUUCCUAACUACCACCCGCCUUCUGACUACAGACGCCCGACCAAGACCCAAGAGAAGGUCUACGUCCCCGUGAAUGACUAUCCAGAGAUUAACUUCAUUGGCUUACUUAUAGGACCCCGUGGAAACACUUUGAAAAAGAUGGAGACUGAGUCUGGUGCAAAGAUCGCCAUUCGUGGUAAAGGCUCCGUCAAGGAAGGAAAGGGUCGCUCCGAUGCCGCUCACGGUAGCAACCAGGAAGAAGAUCUUCACUGUCUCAUUAUGGCAGAUACCGAAGAAAAAGUCAACAAGGCCAAGAAGCUUGUUCACAACGUUAUCGAAACGGUCCGUUCCCGAGCCCGACCCGCUAGGUGCUUACUUGAUACUAACAAUCAUCAGGCCGCAUCCAUCCCUGAAGGCCAGAACGAGCUCAAGCGCAACCAACUCCGUGAGCUGGCUGCUCUCAACGGUACGCUUCGCGACGACGAGAACCAGGCUUGCCAGAACUGUGGUCAAAUUGGACACCGCAAGUAUGACUGCCCCGAGCAGCGUAACUUCACUGCCAAUAUCAUCUGUCGCGUCUGUGGCAAUGCUGGUCAUAUGGCUCGCGAUUGUCCCGAUCGCCAGCGCGGCAGUGACUGGCGCAACGGUCCGGAUAGACGUGGUAUCCGUGAUACCGGGGAUGCUGUUGAUCGUGAGAUGCAGCAACUGAUGAACGAAUUGUCUGGUGGUGCUCCUGGCGAACAUGAGCCCCGUCGCAUUGAAGCCGGCCCCGGUGGUGACAAUGCGUACCCCGACGAUCGUGACGCGAAGCCCUGGCAGCAACGUGGGCCGCCGCCUCCAAGUGACGUGGCCCCCUGGCAACAACGCCGUGACAACCGUCGCGAUGAUUAUGCGCCCCGUGACAACUACGGAUCCCGUGACGACUAUGGAUCACGCAAUCAGGCUGCUCCUGGUGGCCCCGCCCCUUGGGCCGCGCAGAGCCAAGCUCAAGGCCGCGACUACGGCUAUGGAGCUCCAGGUGGAUAUACUGCUCCUGGCGCUGUCCCCGGUGCUGCCCCUUGGCAACAACCGGCCGCUGCUGCCGCACAGCCUGCUUACGGAGGAUAUGGUGCUUAUGGUGGAUAUGCGGCUUAUCCUCCUGGCAUGGCAGCACCUGGUAUGGCAGCUCCCGGUAUUACACCUCCCGGUAUGGGCGCACCUCCUCCCCCGCCUGGUAUGCCUCCGAUGUACCCCGGUGCUGCUGGCAGUCCUCCUCCGCCACCACCUCCACCUGGUGAUGCGCCGCCCCCGCCCCCUCCGAGCGACAUCCCUCCCCCACCUCCGCCUCAGUGA